AUGGCUGUCUCCUUCGGCAAGGAUGUCUCCGAAAUCAUGGACUACUCCAUCUCAAGAUUUGGCACCUCCGUCGAGUCUGACGUCACCGUCGCUCCGUCGUCUGUCCGCCUCGAGUCGACCUUCUGCCGCAACUUCACAUGCUGCGGCCAGAAGCUGGACGAUCUCCACGAUCUACUUCAGCAUUACGAAGAAUGCCACGUUCGUUUCGAGGACGACGAGAUGCCUGCGAUGAUCGCCGACGACGAAAUCGAAUCUUCCGGCUCCUCCAACGCUUCCACAUCCCAACCAUCCAGCCCACGCACCUCGAAUGCAGGCUCGACAUCCACCGCUGCCGCCACCGCCACGGCUGUCACCACGCCCGGGUCCAGCACAGCCGAGAACGUAACCACGCCGACCGGCCUCGACGACACCGACAAGGCCUCGGCAUUUGACACAGCAGUGAUGCGCUCGCCGUCACUAGCAAAGGGCAAGAAGCGUUCGUUUGGCCAGUACGCCAACGCCACCUCCUCCAACCCCAACGGCGCCAUCCACUCGUCCCUCAGGAGAGCCCUCAUCGAUGGCGGCGUUGGUCGUAGGACACCGGGCACUCCCAACAUCUACGCUCCCAACUCUCCCUUCUCGACACCCGGCAGCUCCAUCCCAGGCACGCCUUCCCUCGAUUCCGAGAACGAUGGCUACUUUACCAACGGUCUCAACCCUGCCGCCUUUUCGGCCCUCUCGAUCCGUUCGAGCAACACCGAUUCACACGACCUCCCCUCCUGUGCUCCUCCCAACCUCUUCUUCCCGGCCUCUGGAACCGCUUCCUCCUCGCAGCCUCCUGCUAAGCGCGAAAAGACCAGCGCUGCGACUAGCGCCUCCACUAUCGCGCUCGAGAAUGCCCUACGCGCCGGCGCCGCCAACGUCGACAAGCCAUACAAGUGCCCGGCUCCCGGCUGCGACAAGGCGUACAAGCAGAUGAACGGCCUCAAAUACCACCGCCUCCACGGCGCCUGCAACCAGAACAACCUGCCUAUCACUGCUCAGGCUGCUGCGCAGCCACCCACCAUCCACAUCACCACCAACUCGACCACAGGCUCGCCGCAGCCCGAGUCGGCCGAUGGUGUCAAGAUGGAGGACGACACGGCUACGCCCUCGUUGGGCUCGCCCUCGUCGCCGACCGCCAGCGCCGAUUCGUCCCCCGAUCCAGCUAGCCCUGCCGUCCACGCGCCCAUUCCGCUCGGUGACCGUCUCUACAUCUGCCAAGUUGGUGCAUGUGGCAAGCGAUAUAAGAACCUCAACGGCUUGCGAUACCACUACCUUCACUCUGGCUCGCACGGCUUGCUGGGUUUGCAGCUCCUCCAGUCCGGCGGAGGGGCGAGCGCCAAGGUCGACGCUACCGGUCGUGCUCCUGUCAGCACGAGCACGCUCAGCCAAGAGGAGAUCGCCGCUGCCGCGCAAGCCGCGCAGUUGGCCCAGGAACAGAUCCAGGCCCAAGCCGCCAAGAGUGCUGCCGCUACGGCCGCUGCGGCUGCUGCUGCGUCGGCCGCCGCUGCUGCCCGCAAAGAGGAGAACCAGCGUCAGACACCGGCGCUCACCACACCACCCUCGGGCUUGGCGCAGGCGCUCCAGCAGCAGCAAGCACAACAGGCACAGCAACAGCAAACCACAUUGACGCCCCCACCGACCGACCUUUGA